AUGUUUUCAUUAAUUGGAGGAAUUAUGGAUUCCCUCUUGUCAUCUUGAAGGAGCACUUUGUUUAUAGCUUUCACAAUGAACUCAAUGAGUCAAGCUAAUUCAACAUCUUCAAUGAGCUAUUCUAUGAUGUCAAAGGAAGAAAAGAUGAGGUUUUUACUCACUAAAUUCGCAAUGCCCAGAAGAGCACUUGUACCUUCACAAGACUGGCAACACUUUGGAGAUCUGAUCAAGUUAAAUGCUCAACUAAAGAAGCCACUUGAGAUUUGUAAUGAGACAUGGUACUUUAUGAACGACAAAAUAAAAGAUACUUGGUCAAAGAUGAUACCUGAACAUACCUAUACAUGAAUGGUACUUUAUUCAGAAUCAGAUAAAUUCCUCGAGUUUGCAAGGUCCAUGGGCAAGGUUGAUGAUAGUGAACCAAACUCUUGUUACUGAAAUAUCCCUGGAACUCACUUCAAGCCAGAGUUGGAAAGAUGCAAGUACAGUAAAGAAGGGUCAGCAAAUUCCGAAAUGCCUAACUAUUUUGGGUCUAAAAAGAAGGCAAAGAAAGAUCCAUUUGCUAAAAAACCAGAGUUGAACUACCCAGAUCCUUUACAAUCCAUUGAGAACCAAAUCCAUAGCCCAAAGAAGGUAAUGCUAAGGUUUAAUGACGAAUUUUCUUCCCCAAAAUCCCAUACCCAAGCCGCCACCCCUCCUAUCCCUCUAGCCCCCUCCAAAACCUCCAAAUCCACCAAACCCUCCCUCGCUAGCUCCGCUUCAAACCCUAUGAUCAUCGAUAGUGAUAGCGAAAAUGACCAAACCCAGAUUUCCCCUGCUCCAACGCCCUACAAAUCCCCCUCUACUACACCUACACCCCCUUUCAGCACCUCCACCCCUACCCACACCAGCACCCCCGCUGCCCUCCACACCGCCUACCCCAUCAACGUGAAUCUAAACCCGCCUCUCGACUCCAUCCCCAAAAGAGCCGACACUACUCUCCACCAAGACAUGCUCCGCAUGUCCAAAAGAUUCGAUUUCUUCAUGACCAAAUUCUCCAAGCUAGAAGACGACCUUACAGUCAUGAAGGAAAGUUUCCAGAAAGUAGUCGAAUUCGCCACCCAGACUCUCUCAAGAAGGGAGAAACAGAAUUUACUGAAGGAACUGGAGCAGACUGGGAAGACUAAAGUUGUGAAGGAAAAUCCUGAUGAUGAUGAGUAUGAUAGGGUGCUGAAGAAGGAGGAAGAGAAGGAACAGAAGAGACAGGAGGUGUAUAAUACCAAUAUUUAUACAGCAGAGAUUGAUCCGAGUCAGAGAAUACAUACAUUAGGGGAGGUCAAGAGGCAAACACAGCAGAGUAUUAAUACACAGCUGAUGGAGAAUACGGAGAAGAUUGAUGUACCGGAAGUUAUGAGGAAGACAACUGGAGUUAGUGGGGAGAGAAAUAUUAAAGCUAAAGAUCUUAAGGAGGUGAGAAAGAGAGAGUCUUUAACCCAAGGUGUCAGUGCUCCACAGGAUUUAGCAGCCUCUCAAGAUCCCUUUCAGAGAGCAGCCAGACCGGGAGAAGAAGUUUUAGGGAUUGAAGAUAUGCUCACAAUGAUUCAUAAUGAAGAUUUGAAGGAUAAAAAGGAAGAGGAGAAAGCUAAGAAAAAGAGAGGAAGGAAACCUAAAAAUGCCACACAGACUGAAAAAGCACCAAAAACUAACACUCAGGUUGAGAAAGAACUUGAAGAAAAUCUUGCUAUGCAGUCUCAGCAAAGUUUCGGUAUCACUGCUGAAGACAUUAGAAAUGAGUUAAAGGAAGAUUUUGCUGAUGAAGACUGCAGAAUGGGUCUUUUUGAUGAAGACCAAGAGAUGUCUGCGGAAGAUCCAGAUGAAGUUCAACCAAAUGAAUCUUAAUUGGGGUUUUG